AUGGACUCGUUGAAUAAAACGCUAAACAACCUCUCAUUGUACGAGGUGAAGCAUUACGUAAGAAAGGCGCAAAAUGCGGUUCUCAAUCUGAGUGAGGUCGAGUCGAAAGUGCGUGAAGCCACCAAUAACGAGCCAUGGGGAGCGUCGUCAUCUCUUAUGUCCGAGAUUGCUAGAGGAACAUUCAAUUAUAAGGACCGGGAGGAAAUCAGUAACUUGAUUUUCCGUCGUUUUACCGAGAAAUCGUCGCAUGAGUGGCGUCAGAUCUACAAGGCUCUUCAGUUGAUGGAGUACUUGGUGAAGCAUGGAUCCGAGAGGUUUGUGGACGACGCUCGGGCAAAUGUCAGUCUCGUUUCUAUGUUAAAGUCUUUCCACUAUAUUGAUUCUAAGGGUGUUGAUCAGGGUAUCAAUGUUCGUAACCGGGCACGUGAAUUGGCCAGUCUACUCAACGACGAGGCUCAGAUUCGUCAGGAGAGACGUAAGGCUAAAGAGAACGCCAAGAAGUUUGGGGCCAUUUCUUCUGGUGGAGGACGACGUGGUGGAAGUAGCAGACAUGGGAAUGACAUUGGAGGCUCUGUAGGCGCCAGUAGAGUGGCUUUGAGUGUUGGUGAGGACGGAUUUGAGCGUAGAAUCUUCGGAGAUGGUGGUGUUUAUGGCCAAAGAUAUGGAGAUACUGCUGCCAAUCACAAGGGGAAGAUCACCAAGUAUGAGGAGUAUGAUUUGGAGAGCGAGAGACCUACAAGAAAAGGUAGUAAGCCUACUGUGUCGGCACCUGUUGAUUUAGUGUCUUUUGACGGUAGUAGAACAGCAUACGCCGAUGAAGACGACAACCACCACGACGAAAACCACCACGACGAAAACCACGACGACGACGACGAGUUUGACGAUUUUCAGUCCGCUACGCCGGCACCAGCUGCCCAAACUACCAGCUUGGCUGACCUUUUCAAUGCUCCCUACCAACAAUCUUCUACUCAAUCACAAGCAAUAUUCACCCAACCUCAUGCUACCAAGAAGAACGACGAUGUAUUUGGGUCCUUGCUUGCGUCUGCCAAGGCUGGAAAGGCUGCAAAGACCACGCCAGCUAUGCCAACCAAUACUGGGUCUGUGAGCCGUCGUAGUACCGAAAGUUUCACUGCACUACGAACCAUGACGUUAAACAAGUCGGCAAAUAUUUCUACCAGCGCUCUUCCCGGUUCAAUUAAUUGCAGAAACGAUGAUAACAUGUCAAAGCUUCUCUUUGGAAUCUAUUUUUCACUUCGUAAGAUCUCCAACUAUUUAACAGAAGAUAGUGGGACUACAUUUAAGUCCAGUACGCUCAACAACCACAAUAAGGUGACUAAUUUCACUACAUUAAAUUAUAAAUGUCACAUUUUCGAGACACUGACCGGUUUGAAAUUUCUAGUGGUGACCGAUAUGAGAUGUCGAGAUCUCAACAUUGAGUUGGCCAGUUUGUUCAAUACAAUCUAUCUGCAGAAAGUGAUAGAGAACCAGGCAUGUGCCGUGGACUUCCGGCCAGGUGAGUAUAUUGAUAACGAGCCGUUUAUAGAGGGAGUGGAUAAGUAUUGGAGUAGUUUGAUAGAGUUUAGUAAGUAA